AUGGAAUUGGUAGAUAUCAUGAUUAGGAGGAGGGUUAGUAUAGCUUGCGUACAAGAAACUAAGUGGAUGGGUGAGAAAGUUAGGGAAAUAGAGAAUACUGAUUUUAAACUAUAUUAUAGUGGCAAGGAUAAACAAAUGAAUAGGGUAGGAAUAAUAGUUGCCAAGGAUCUUGUAGAAAAUAUAGUUGUGGUCAUUAGGAAAGGUGAUAGGAUUAUAUUAGUUAAACUAGUUGUUGGAGAGAAUAUAGUGAACGUUAUUAGUGCAUAUGUUCCCCAAGAAGGAUUAGAGAUGAUCAGACUAAGAGAUUUUUGGGACCAAAUAGAUGAUGUAUUACAGGAGAUACCCGGCAACACAAAGCGAGAAAAGAUAACGGGCGUCGCAGGACGAGAUGGUGAAACCCUGAAAAGGGAUAAACUAAAAAUAUUUAAGAAUAGAAUGGAUGAAGAAGGUGCUUGGGACUUGGAAAAUGAUGCAAGCACUAUGUAG